CGCUGCACGCGCAUUCCCGAAAACGAACGCCGCUGUCUUUCAUGGCCGCAGCUUGCGGAGCGGCAGCCUACCCCGCUAUAAACACCCUCAGCGCGAGAUUAACCGGCAUUUCGUCCUCGCAUUGCGUAACUCCUCUUUACCGGGUGCCGUUUAGUUAUAUUUAAUUCAAACUUGUGUACUUGUGAAGGUAAAUACAGGAUAUGGUUCACAAUAAAGCGCAGGAUUCCCGUCCUUUCUGGUAACGUCAGGCAGCAGGUUUAAAGAGCCUUGCAGGGGGCAGUUGAUCUGCUGGGCGUGAAUGACAGAAGGAAACAGGAGAUCGGAUCGUUUGCUAUGUGCCCCUUGCAUGUGAAUAAUGUACAGUGAUGGUGCCUUCUCAGACUCACAUGAUGCUCAAGUGGCAGGAGCACCUGAACAGCUCCUGGGCGGCGGAGGACAGCGUUCAGACUGCCACACGGCACGGAGCGGCAGCUCUCUAUGCAAAACUGGUCUACAACAAGGAGGUUGUGGGCUUGGCCCAACCAGUGCAGGACCUAAUGGGUCCACGCUUGCCUGACUUCCAGUACGAAUCCAGCGCUGAGGAGGAGAAGGAGGAAUAUCUGUCCGCGCUGCUCCACAGUCAGCGAUGCCUUGCCCACCGCAUGCUGGCGAGGACCCCCUUUGCACUAUCCCUGCACCACAGACUGAUGAUCCUCCAGAGGGUGUUCUACGCCCUCCAUAGCAAGUAUCACGACCGAUUCCGAGCACCGCUACCUCCCCAGCCUUCAUCCUCCACUGCAGAAGGGGGCGCUCUAGAAUUAGUGUCUGAGCCUUGGCCAACAGGCAGUUCCCGUUCAAAGUCGGGCACAGAUGUUCUUAUUGAAAUGGGAGUCCGGACUGGGUUGAGUCUCCUUUUUGCCCUACUGAGGCAGAGUUGGCAGCGUGGGCGUCUUGAGAACCCACCGGACGUGGCUCUGUGCAACGAGGUACUGGCAACUGCGUCCUCAGUCCUAGCCGCCCUGCCUCCUCUUUCCUUGGCCAACGAGAACAAGAUCCCAACAGUGGGGCUUGACUGUCUUACGCAAGUUGGAGACUUCCUAAAGAAGACGGCGGUCAGCGGGUCCGGGGCGGAUCGGGCAGGUCGCAGGCUAUCCCUGGAGCUCCUCCUCUCGUUAGCCUUACAAAGAGGAUCCUUGCGCUUCCUUCUGGAGUGGGUGGAGGUGGCACUGGCUGCCUCCGCUUCCUCUACCACGUCUGAAACAGUUGGAGUGGGUUACGAGCUGAUCCAUCAAACCCUGCAACAGAUGCGCCAGCACACGGCUGUUCGUGGUGAAUCCGUCAAUACUCAGGUGCUGAAGAAGGAUGCAGAUGGACUCUGUAGCCUCUCACAUGUUGCUCUUUGCCUCUUUGAAGAGAUCUGCACCCUGGCCUCUAACUGCCUGUGCUCAUGCAGCGCGGGGUCUUCCUCUUUCUCCUCCUUGGAGAAUGAUGCUGUCAUGGUGUACGUGUGGGGCAGCAACAGCAGCCAUCAGCUCGCCGAGGGAACGCUGGAGAAGAUUUUACAGCCCAAACUGGCUCAGGGCUUCAGCGAUGCACAAAUGAUUGAGGCAGGCCAGUACUGCACAUUCUCUGUAUCUGCAGAUGGUGCAGUGAAGGCUUGUGGGAAGGGUAGUUAUGGGCGGCUGGGACUGGGAGACUCUAAUAACCAGUCCAUGCCCAAGAAGCUGGUUCUGGAGCCGCCUCGUACCAUGAGGAAGGUGUCGUCUUCCAAGGGAUCAGACGGACACACGCUGGCUGUCACGGCGGAGGGAGAGGUGUUCAGCUGGGGAGAUGGAGAUUAUGGCAAACUGGGCCACGGGAACAGUGCCACACAGAAAUACCCCAAGAUUAUACAAGGCCCUCUGUUAGGAAAGGUGGUGGUGUGUGUGUCUGCUGGAUACAGACACAGCGCUGCGGUGACUAAUGACGGAGAGUUGUACACCUGGGGGGAAGGCGACUUCGGUCGACUCGGUCACAGCGACAGUCACAGUCGUAACGUGCCCACUCUGGUGAAGGACAUCAGUGGGGUCGGGCAAGUGGCCUGUGGCAGCUCUCACACCAUCGCUGUGGCGCAAGAUGGACGAAUCGUCUGGUCCUUUGGAGGAGGAGACAAUGGUAAACUGGGACAUGGGGACACAAACCGUGUGUACAGGCCUAAAGUGAUAGAAGCCCUACAUGGCUUCAUUAUCAGAAAAGUGUGUGCUGGGAGCCAGUCGUCACUGUCUUUGACAUCUGCUGGCCAGGUGUUUGCGUGGGGCUGCGGCUCGUGCCUCGGCUGCGGCUCAUCUGAGACCACCUCACUCAGACCUCGACUGAUAGAGGAACUCAGUAUCACAAAAAUCAUAGACAUUUCCUGUGGAGACAGCCACUGUCUCGCUUUGUCUCAUGAAAACGAGGUGUUUGCUUGGGGCAAUAAUGCCAUGGGGCAGUGUGGGCAGGGCCAUACCUCAACGCCAGUCACCAAACCCAAGAAAGUGAUUGGUUUAGAAGGGGUGUCAAUACAGCAGAUUACUGCAGGCACCUCCCACAGCUUGGCCUGGACAGCGGUUCCCACUGACAGGCAGCUGGUGGCUUGGCACAGGCCGUUUUGUGUGGAUCUGGAGGAGAGCACGUUUACAUACCUGCGCAGUUUCCUGGAGCGUUACUGUGAUAGUAUCAGUGGGGACACACCACCUGCACCUUUCCCCUCUAAGAGGGAACAUCACCAGUUUGUGUUGUUGUGUAUGAAACUCUUGUCCAUCCACCUGUCGUUGGCCCACGCAGGGGGAACGGGGGCCACAGUGCUGGGCGCUCAGGGUCGGCCCCUCAGGAACCUGCUCUUCAGGCUCAUCGACUCUAGUGUACCAGACUCCAUACAACAGGCGGUAAUGAGCACGCUUUCCAUCGGAGCGUCUCUGUUGCUGCCUCCUCUCAGAGAGAGAACUGAGCUGCUGCACUCGCUGUUACCACAGGGUCCAGAGAGCUGGGAAAGCCUCUCUAAAGGACAGCGUCUACAGCUGGACAUGGUGCUGAACAGCCUGCAGGAACAGAGUCACGUGGCGUCCCUGCUGGGAUACAGCUCACCUGGGGAGUUGAGCGCAGGUCUGGCACUGCCGCCCACCCCUGACCGCCCCACAGGAAGUGUUAGCUCAGGCUCAGAAGCUCCAGACCAACUGCACCUGGCUGAAGUGCUCCUGAAGACCUUGCUGCUCAGCAUCGGGUUCUAUACAGAGCGUGCGUUUGGCGAACUGGAGAAGAACAGUGAUAAACAGCGGUUCAGUCAGUCCCAGAAACAGACGGAGGCUCCAUCACACUUCCACCACCUGCUGUCAGCCCUUCACAGACACCUGCUGGCCCACUGCUACAUCCACACAGGCGCUGAGGAUGACAGUAGCGUGGUGCUGCUCCAUAAGCACCUGUGCCUGCUGCUGCCUUACGCAGCCGAGACCUUCAGGAGAUCCACCAUUCUGCUGGAGGAGAGCACACUGGACAAACACGUCAUCAAGAAACUACACACUGUGCUGUUUGGUUCGGUGGCGGGGAGCCUGCUCUGUCAGGUGAUGUACUCUCUACUCCUGCUGCCAUUGGCUGUGGUCAAACCCCUCCUUCCUCACCUGCUCACUCUGCUUGAACAUCUCAAUGAGCUCAACUGUUACCUGCCCAACACUGCGCAUCUGGAGGAGAUGGAGCUGGAAGGAACCUCAGAAGAAGCAUCUGAAACCUCUGAGCCAAUCACAGUGCCAGAGUCAGAAGACUGGGCGUGGCUACUAGACCUGGAAAGGUCUGUAGCUCUUGCCAUUGGGCGAUGCCUGGGAGGUAUGCUUCAGGGCCCGCCCCCUUCCAUCCAGGAGAAGACAGCAGAGUUCUGGCUGUGUAACCCGCUCCUGAGAAACGGGCUGGAGAUAGACUUUGAACAGCUGGACUGGGCAAUGGGUUGGCUGACUGAGGCCGUGUUCAUGGGUUGUGGAGACGUGAGACUAGCCGAGCUGCGGCUGUCGGAAGAGAAUACAACGUUAGUGGAACUCGCUCUUGGCUCCCUACGAGAACCUGCCAGCGCCCUCUGGAGGAAGAUGAAGGAGUAUGCAGUGAGUCGAGACUGGGACAAUAGUGGAUCAGUGGGAGACUCUCUGUUAGAGACGGUGUGUCGCUGUAGUUUGGCCGCUCUGCUCAAACAUGCCGGGCUUCAUGAAGCCUACUGGCAGGAUAAAUAUGAGCCCUGUGAGGUGCUGAUUGAAAUAUAUCAGGUGGUGUAUAAAAUCCGCAGCAUUCUGCUGUCUUAUAAAGAGAGCAUAGUAAACACAACCAGCGUCCAAACAACUACCACCAAACAGGCUUCAUUGGGCUCUCAGAGCCCCAGUGAGGAGAGGCAGGAAGCGGGCAGUUCUGGAGAGCAGACAGGAAGAGACACAGAUCCCAGCAGCCAGACCCAUACAGCCGAACACAACCAGGACGAUCCCUUAGAGGAGGAAACGCCCAGCAUCAGCAGUAUGUACCUGCCGGAGGUGCUGCAGUGUUUCCUGGCCACCCGUGAGGCCAUGCAGCUCCAACAGAAUGAGACUGUGUACGAGUCGUCUGGCACUAGCACAUUACCCAGCAGCACUGAGAGCCCUGGGACGCCAGACAGGGAGCCCCCUCAGCGGCCCUGGGACCAACACAGCACCACUGACCAGGGCCUGUCCUUCCCAGCAGCCUGCCACCUGCUGGUCCAUUGCUGGUCACGUUGCCUUUUCCUGCUGCUGGGGGUCCGAGCUGCUUGGCAGGAGGAGAGUGUGUCGUCACAGACACACACUGAGAGCAGCUUGGCCAGAUCUCCACCCUACUAUGAGGCGUUAGGAUCAAAGUUGGAGUUACAGUCGUCUUCUGAGAGAAGAUUCAGUGAGAGAGAGACACCAGAUGAAUCUAAAAGCUCCUCAGGGUCAUUCAAAAAUAAAAUUGGCCUUCCACUCUGUUCUUUGGGCAUCAUGAAAGAUGCCUGGGAGCGACUACGGCAGUGCAUCAGUCCCACUACUGUGCUGUGCCCGAGCGGAGGUGGCACACCCAUCCUGGGCCAGGUCUUCCAUUUCCUGUGUAGGAGCAUCCUUCGAACCUCUUCUCUGGUGGACAAAGAUGGAGGCACACAUGUGGAUCCCAAAGCCAUCACCAUAGCCAUGGCACAGCAACACCAAAGAGCUCAGGUUCGUUUGGAGGCUUUGUGUCAGAUUUCCUCCUUCCUGUCAGAGAUGGAGGAAAAGAGUGUCAGCUCUCUGGCGCCUCCUCGUUUUCCAGGCCUCUUGCAGUCAGUGCAGCUCCAGUUCCUCUCUGGCUGCUUUGGUCUGGGAGCCCCGAUCACCGGCAGUCUAGCAGCACCUAACAACAAGAUUCACCAUUACACUGCUGGGACUCAGUCGGCUCCUGUCGGUGUUCAGAGGGAGUUACAGUCUGCAGCUCACACACUGUACCAGCAACUGGUGCGUGUGCUCAGACAGAAAGUGGCGCUGGAGAGAGAACAGGCUGGCUCUUAUCAGCACCUGCUUUUAGCUACAGUCUUCGCUCUGAACUUCCACUAUCAGCCAGUGGAUCUGGUGGUGAUAAUUAAAUGUGGUGUCCUGGAGAUCUUGUCCACUCUGACUGAUAACACCUGUGUGCUGGUGAACCAGCGCUGGCUGGCCGCCUCCAUGUCCGGUCACAUGCAGCUCGGUGGGGCGGUGAAGCUGGCCGCUGCCAGACUCCUGCAGAUAUUCGCCAUAGCGGCCAGUUCCUGUGAAGAGGCCUUGCCAUUGGAAGUGUCCCAGGCUCUCAUGGAAGUAAUGAACGAGCAGCUGCAGGGAUUGUUACAUGCAAUCCAGCAGGAGGAGGUGCUAGAGAGGGAUUCCACAGAGCACAUCCAGGAAGAAACUUCCAAACAAGAAAGUGCAGAUGUAUUUCGUAGCAGCAGGGUUGUGGAGUCCCACCUUGCCGACUUCCUAGUCUUCCUAAGACGCAUUUUGUCUCUAAGGGUCGCCAAAAGAGUCUCUGCAUUUGUCAAGUGGAUUGAUCCACUGAUGACAAUUAUCUCAUACAAAUGCAGCUCUGGAAAUCCACGCUUUCACAACCUGCGGACGAAGCUGCUGGCCUUCCACAUUCUGGAAGCUCUUCUCCCUGCCUGUUCAGACCCUGUUGUCAUGAAACAGAUUGUUGAUCAAUUAUUUAGCCUUUUGUCCACAUACAUGUGGGAGGAACCUCUGGCCCUGAGGAAAAACUUAGAAAAAGAGAGAACUUUGGAGAACUCAAAUAGGGACAGCGGAAGUGAAGAUGAAUGUAUUCCUAUUGGUGAUUUCUCUUUCGACCCUCAUAAACUGAUCUGUUGUUCUCUGGAGAGCGGGAAUGUACUCUCUCAUGGAUCGGGGGGGAAAGGGUACGGUUUGGCCACCACUGCCAUCACAUCUGGAUGCUUCAUCUGGAAGUUUUAUAUCACUAAGGAGAACAGGGGAAAUGAAGGGACAUGUAUUGGAGUGUCCCGAUGGCCCAUCCGGGACUACAACCAUCGCACCACCACAGACAUGUGGUUGUACCGGGCCUACAGCGGUAGCCUGUAUCACGGAGGAGAGCUGGGCCGAGCUCUGCCCUCCUUCACCCAGGGGGACACCAUCACCUGCAUCCUAGACAUGGAGGCCAGAACAAUCUCUUUCGCCAAAAACAACAGGGAGCCCAAGCUAGCGUUUGAAGGAGUGGAUGCCACAGAGCUCUACCCCUGUGUUCUUUUCUACAGCAGCAACCCAGGAGAAAAGGUGGCGCUAUGUGACCUGCAGAUGCGUGGCAUGCCUAGCGAUCUUCUGCCAGGGGAGCCCUUGUGCAGCCCGAGGGCCACAGUUCUGCUGGAGUCCACCAUUCAGCUGCUAAGACGACUGUACGUGAACGAUGACUGGGUUCAACAUAUCAACCAGCACAUGCUGAACAAACUACAGCUCAUCAACCCUCUCAUGAGAGAGGGACAAGGCAAGAUAGCAGGUCAUGUCAGUAAGGAGUCCGAUGAGAAAUGUGGGGUGAACAGAGAGAGGGGCUCUGCUUGGGCAGAUGUCGGGACAUCGACAGACCACCUCUCUGGCCCAGCGGGUCUCUCUGACGCCCAGCUCAGCGUGUUGUGCACUGAAGUCUGGCCCGUCAUGGCCCUGAUCGGAGGGGUGGACAGCGGUCUCCGUGCUGGAGGGACCUGUCUGCACAAACCCAGCGGUCGACCGGCGACUCUGCUCGGGGUCUUGAAAGAGGGAAGCCCCUUGGCUAAGCUUCAGUGGGAGGAGACAGAUUUUACUGUGAGCUUCCUGAAUUCUUGGUCACCCAGCGACACACCUCUCUCCUCCCUGGAGCCGUGUGAUGUCCCCCAGCUAGACAUGUCCCGCUGCCGUGGCCUCAAGCCAACUGUGUUGUUCGACCUCAUCCUGAUGACCGGCAUCUUAGAAGAGCGGGAGCCUCCUUCUGGAUCAUCCGAAACAUCUGGAUUGCCACGAAACCGAAUCAGCUCUGAGGGCGGCCCGCGUAGCGAGCUGGAGAGACAUUUGGACGAGGACAUCGCUCGUAUUAUGAUGGACGAAGAGGGAAUGAGCUAUCCGGUGGAUGAGGACAGAAAUAAAGUGGAAGAGAGGAGAGAUGAGAACCCAGAUGAUGCGCUUAGAUCCCUCAUACAGUCAAACGAGGAGCGUGUUAGCGCCCCCUGUCCAACAAUACUUGCACCACAACCUAGAGUGGACUUCUUUGCUUUGGAGCUGCGUGCAGUCCGCAUUUCCUACCUCCUUUUGGGGGCGCUAAAAUCUCUGGCUGUCAUUCUGAGCUGCGGGAAGUUCACAGAUCUCCUCCUGGUUCCCAAAUCAGAUGCAGGGGUCAAUGUAAGUAGCCCCGACCCAGCGAGAGCCUCUGCUGGCGGGGAGGAGAACGCGGAGCUGCGCUCUGUGCUGCAGUUUGUGGUGCGGAGCAUGGUGAAGUGGGCCGUCAGACCCUGUCCGAUCAAACAGGCCAUGGUUUUAUCAGACCUUGAGAGGGCCCAGAUCAUCAUCUUUAAAGGAGUGCUGAGCAGACUGCACGAGGAUGGAAGCAAAGAACACAAAGAUUCAGGAGGUCACUCGUCCUCUCAGCCUGUGUCCAAAUCCUCCAGUUCAGUCUCGCUUUACAGCAACGGCUCUGAAGGCACCGCCAUCUUCGGCCAAUCAGCGUCACCCUCCACCAAUGACCUCACAGCCUCGCUCCUCACUGCCCUUCAGGCUGACGGCCUGGAGAACUUUAACCCUUUCCUUCCCAUCAACCUGCUACAGCGGAUGGUACUGGCGCGAUUUCCCACAUUGACAGGUCUUGUCCACAGUCCGGUUCUGCCUCCCGGGCUCAGCCUGACGAGCUCAGCCUCCUGUGAGGGCUUCACUGAGCAGCAGACCAGCUUCCUGGAGCCCUGCGGUCAGACCAGGACCCCUGUGGAACAGCCCCAAAUGUUUGUCCCAGUGCGCUUGCUUGAAAUGGGCUUCUCAAUGAGACACAUCUACAGGGCCAUGGAGGCAGCAGGGGUCACUGGAGAGGUGGACUCACGCACCAUCGAGGUGCUGGCGAGCUGGAUGCUGGAACAUCCCAUCACCGGAGAGGGCUCAUCUGCAGGGGGCGCCACUGAUACGCCCUCAUCUGAAGGGCCAGAGACGGUCCAGUGCCCUGAGUCUCCAGCUCCUCUCACCCUACAGGAGAGCAGAGAACCCAGUGAGAGUCUGUUGGCAGGUUUGGACUUGGUGGAGAGAGAGAACUUCUUAGAUGUUCACCUCACCAGGAACAGACCCCCACCUGCACGGAGGCAGCGGUCCGGAGUAAGUCAGAGAACAUCCUUCAGGAGAGCAGACUCCCCGUCGCCCAGUCCUGUCCCAUCGCUGUACAGACAGGACUUGGCAGUGGCAGAGUGGCCAGAGCGGGCUGAAACGCACCCGUUUGCUGCUGAAGACGACUCGGAGCUGGGCUACAUGGAUGAUCCGUACCAGGAAGAACCGUAUGAGGAGCUGCUCACCCCAGAGUUCAUCACCUCUGAGAGGGACACGCUGUGGAUGGUAGAGGGAAGAGAAGAGCACCCAGAGCCUCAUGAGAUGGUGGAGUGUGAGCUGUGUAACACACUCACCCUGCAGUUUAACAACCACAUGAAGCGCCACCACCCGGGCUGCGGUCAGAGCGCCGGUCGCCGUGGUUACCGCAGCAACGGGGCCUACGUGGACGGUUGGUUGUUGGGGGGUGAGUGUGGGUCAGGCAGUCCAUACUACUUUGUGUUGACUUGAAGGGAAAAGUACCUAGCCUCCAACCUGGGGGCUAUGAGCUCCAAACAGGACAGGGCAAGAGGUUUGGCAUCUGAUCUGAUUGGUCAAUUAGAUGGUACAUCAGAAGAUGAAUGGGAUCUAGGUAACCAGGAAGACUCGGAUUCAGACAGGCUUACCGGUUUGGAGGACUUUGGGAUUCUUCUGAGGCCUUUAGGUCUGAGUGAGAAGAAGCCCGUGCCCGACCCAAUCCCCUUCAUUGAACACGACCCACUCGGAGCCCUCGUUAGCGGCUCGGUCAGUGGUGACAACAACCCGCUUUACAAAGGUGUUGUCAGCACCGAGCUGAAGAGCUCCUCGGUUCCUCUGAGUCUUGGUGAGCAGGCAGCAUCCCUGCGGGAGCCUCAGGAGAGACUGUUGGCUCUGAGGAGAGUCACCUCCACCGCUCAGAUCUUGCUGGCCUACAGUAUUGUGAUAAGAGCUCUCUCACAGACAUCCACCAGUAGUUCAGUGUGUAAUCAGUCCAGUGGUCUGGAGGCUCUGGGUCUGGCUGACAUCCGUAUCCUGGUGCGGCUGAUGUGUCUGGCAGCUGGGGGGCGUGUCCACACAGGCGUGGGCCAGCAGGGAAUGGGGCGUGGCUCUGUGAGCGAUCGCACAGGCUCCGCCUUCCUGUCCUUCCUCAGCUCUGCUAUCGGCAGUUUAGUGUCACACAGUCCUGCUGCCUACAGAGAGUUAGUGGACAUCUGCACUCAGGAUCUCAUGGCAGCAGCUACAGGGAUGAACAUCAGUGCUAUCACCGAUCCGCAGCAGAGGAUGAGGCAAAGCUCCGCCCUCAAGGGGGCGCCACAGGAGCCAAGAGAACUGACCCCGCCCACCUUCCUGGUCACACAGAGUCUGGUGUCCCUCCUGACAGAGAAAGGCGUUCGAUACCGUUAUAAUGUGCAAAGAAGCGAUUCCACUGAAUCAAAGGAAGGCGGAAGCCCUCCACCCUCAGGUCCUCCUCUCUCUCAAGCGGGAGUGCGGGUCGGGCCGCUGGAGCUGGCUAAUGCGCUCGCUGCCUGUGCCCUGUCGGCCCGGCUGACCAGCAGACACCGACAGUGGGCGGCACAACAGCUGGUCCAGGCCUUGGCGGUCUCUGAGAAAGACAACACUGCCAGACCCCAGACAUACAGUGACAUGGCCGGAGAUCUGCGCAAGUGUCCCAUCAAGAAGCUGGAAGGACAUCAGAACAGGGUGAGCAGCUGCAGCUGGAAUUCAGAACAAGGUUUGUUGGCCACCGGCUCACAGGAUGGGACUGUUCGACUGUGGGCCGUAAUGCCGAACACAGCAGAACUGCAGCACACACACACCUGCAGCAUCAGUGAGGAUGCUCAGAGCUCAGAUGGUUCAAUGGGAUCUCAUCUGCUGUCCGCCGUAUCUUGGAGCGCAGGGGGAACUCUAUUGGCCGCCUUCCAGAACAAACUCAUCAACAUCUGGACAGUCAAUGGUGCUCAGGCACACAUCGAGGCUCUGUCCUCGUGGGUCACUGCACUCUCUUGGGUUCAGACCUCCACUCCGUUCCUCAGUCAGGAAGCCUGCAGUCAGGUCAGCCCUCCUGAGAGUCUGCUGGUGGGCCGGCUGGACGGCUCCCUCUGCUGGCUGGAGGUCACAGACGACUUGAGGGUGGAGCGAACAGAGCUCUCUCACUGCUACAGGAAAGAAGCACCUCAGUGUCUGGCCUGGUACAGUGUUGAAAAACCCUUUGCCGUGGGCUAUCCCGAUGGCAAAAUUCUACUAGCAACAGCAGAGAGCUACGAAAUCGAGCCGCCUAUUCUUCUAACAGCAUUUCCUGAGAGUGUGAGUGCGCUCAGGUGGGACCCUACCGGUCAUCUGCUGCUGUCUGUGGGCCGCUCUGAGGUGGUGAAGAUCUGGGGUCGUGCCAGCGGUGCGUGGGUCACCCUCCACUCUCUGUUCCACAUGGGCACCGUCAACACGGCCGAGUGGUGCCCUCUGCCCGGCAGAGGACCGGAGCCUCGUCUUAUGAUGGCAGUUGGAUGUCAAAAUGGCCUCCUGUAUGUGUGGACUCUUCCUCAAGGGGGCGCUAAUGUCUCAGCGCCCAAUUUCCUCACCCCAUCUACCAGCCAAGACAAGAGCAGUGCCAUCAAGCGGGGCAAUGCUAAAUGUGUGUUCCGCCUGAGUGGACACAUUACCGCGGUAAAGACCCUCUCAUUUUGUCCCAGUGGACUUGCACUGGUGUCUGGAGGAAUCGGAGGGGUGCUCAACAUCUGGUCUCUCAGAGAUGGUUCAGUCCUGCAGACUGUGGUUACAGGAAUGGGCUCCGUGGUUUGUACCACCUGGAUCCCACACAUAGGGGUGACCGCUUGUUCUGGAAGAUCAAAGGAUGUUUUGCUAAUUCGCUGUACCCCAGACUGGAUCUCUCAGAAUCACAUUCUGGCCUCCUGCCGUUCCGUUCUACGCAGUCAGGGCAUUCUGGGAUUGAAUCGUGCCCCCUGCAUGGCUGUCUUUCUUGAGCGCCUUCCCACAUUGCUUCAGGAGCAGUACAGCUAUGAGAAGAGUCAUGUGAUGUCGGGCGAUCAGUUGACUCACAGUGCCUUUCUUCAGAGUCUGGCCGCUCUGGCCGUGGGUCUCUUCUUGGAUCAGUUACUGUGCCGUCAGCCAAGACCACCUCACCACAGCGGGACGGGGCCGGAUCAGGAUGGGGCCCCUGGAUCCUUCUGCCCCUCAGAGUGGAACUGGCUUUCCAUCUAUUCAACCACAGUGAAGAGCGCAGAGGCGUUUGCUCGUGGCACCGCCUUCCCAGAAUCCUUCAUUGCACCUGAAUUCCAUCAUUCAGGAUCCACUGAGUUGACCAAACCAUUGGACAACAGUAAAUGGACCUUCAUGAUGGAUGAACAGCUCAUGUCCUGGGCGACCAGCAGACCUGAAGACUGGCAGCAGGGUGGUAAAAGUGAGGUGUAUUUGUGGGGUAACGGCCGUCACGGGCAGCUGGCGGAUGCUGGAACCAGUGCGUCUGUGCCCACACUCGCUCCCUCUCUCUCGCAGACUCAGCAGGUUGUGUGCGGUCAGAACUGCACGUUCCUGGUUCAGGCUAACGGUACGGUUCUGGCUGUAGGGGAGGGCAGUUACGGACGACUCGGACAGGGUAACUCAGACGACCUUUACACCCCAACUAUCAUCUCAGCUUUACAAGGUUAUGUAGUGACUCAGCUGGUGACAUCAUACGGGUCUGAUGGCCACUCAUUGGCUCUCACUGAGACCGGAGAGGUGUUCAGCUGGGGUGAUGGGGAUUAUGGGAAACUUGGCCAUGGGAACAGUGAAAGGCAAAGGCGACCUAAACAGAUCGAGGCUCUGCAGGGAGAGGAAGUGGUGCAGCUGGCGUGUGGGUUCAAACACUCAGCCGUCAUCACAGCGGACGGAAAACUCUUCACCUUUGGCAGUGGAGAUUCUGGACGCUUGGGUCAAAGGUCAACUUCAAACAAGAUGGUCCCGGAGAGAGUGACUGCACUGGAUGGGUACCACAUUGGACAGGCGUCAUGUGGUAUCAAUCAUACUCUGGUCCUGUCAUCAGACGGCCUGAGCGUGUGGGCUUUCGGAGACGGUGAUUAUGGUAAACUGGGUAUUGGACCAUGUACAGUGAAAUGCUACCCACAGAAAGUGGAGGCUCUUUGCAAUAAAGGCAUUAAAAAGGUUGGAUGUGGAACACAUUUCUCAGUGGUUCUGGCCAAAGAUGUAGGAGUCUUCUAAUUAUUCGGAGGUGAGCGUCUGAUAGGUCUGCCGGACUCCAUGCUGAAGAAUCACAACCGGCCGCAGAUCAUUCCCGCUCUGGAGGGCGUCUUCAUUGAGGAUAUUGCUGUGGGCUGUGAACACAUCCUUGCCUUAUCCAACACUGGAGACGUGUAUGCAUGGGGCUGCAACUGUGAGGCCCAGCUGGGUCUGGGCCAUUCCAAUCCUGUCAAAGAGCCCACUCUGGUUACUGCUCUCCAGGGCAAGAACAUCAGGCAGAUCUCGGCUGGACGCUGUCAUACCUCGGCCUGGACCACACCGGCUCUGUCAACCAGAGCUUCAGGUUGUUCAGGGAUACAGCUGGGUCUGCCUCAGUCCGUGCCUCCGCAGUAUAACGCCCUCAAAGACUGCAGCCCUGAAGUGCUAAACACCCGUCUCAGAGUACUGUACCACUUCUCUGAUCUUAUGUACAAAUCCUGGAGGCUUCUGAACCUCGACCCCCGCAGUCAGGUAAAUGCUUCCCGCUACAGCUCAGGUACCGCUGCCAUCGUACAGGGCCAACUCAGAGGCCUCCUGUCCCCGAAAGUCAACACACUUCCUCUUGUUCGCACGAUCGGCAGAACCAUGACCCAGGGAAAGACCUAUGGUCCCCAGAUUACAGUCAAACGAAUCUCCACCAGAGGGCGCUCCAGCAAGCCCAUUUUCGUGCAGAUCGCCAAACAGGUGGUGAACCUGAACCCUACUGAGCUGCGUCUGCCCUCCAGAGCAUGGAAGGUGAAGCUGGUUGGAGAAGGGGCAGAUGACGCCGGCGGUGUGUUUGAUGACACCAUUACCGAAAUGUGCCAGGAGUUGCAGUCAGGUGUGGUCGAGCUUCUUAUUCACACUCCCAACAGCUCUGCUGAUGUUGGUAGCAACACGGACAGGUUCUUGCUGAACCCAGCAGCAGUCUCGGAUGAUCACAUGGUGCAGUUUCGCUUCUUGGGGAUUCUAAUGGCGGUGGCCAUUCGAACCAAAAAGCCCUUGGAUCUGCACCUGGCGCCGUGGGUGUGGAAACAGCUGUGUUGUAUUCCUCUGGGAGCCGCCGACCUGGAGGAGGUGGACCUGCUCACGUACCGCUCUCUUCAAGGCAUCUUACACCUGGACAGCAGCGUGAUCAAUGAAGAGAACUUCACAGUGAUGAUCCCUCUGGACUCGUUUGUGGCUCACAGUGCUGAUGGCACAUUGGUUCCGGUGAUUCCUGGUGGGCAUUACGUCCCUCUGACAUUCUCCAACAGGAACGAUUAUGUGGAGAGAGCCUUGCAAUACAGACUCCAUGAGAUGGACAGACAGGUGGCAGCAGUGAGGGAGGGCAUGUCCUCAAUUAUCCCAGUCCCGUUGCUUUCCCUGCUCACGGCUCGACAGCUGGAACAGCUGGUGUGUGGCCUGCCCGAGGUCUCUGUGGAAAUGUUGAAGAAGGUGGUACGAUACCGUGACAUUACUGACAGCCAUCAGCUCAUUGGCUGGCUGUGGCAGAGCCUCGAGGAAUUCACCAAUGAGGAGAGAGUCCUAUUCCUGCGCUUCGUGUCCGGACGUUCCCGACUGCCAUCCAAUCCGGCAGACAUCACACAAAAAUUUCAGAUCAUCAAAGUUGAUCGGCCUGUGAAUGGACUUCCUACGGCCCAGACGUGCUUCUUCCAGCUGCGCCUUCCUCCCUACACAAGCCAGGCCAUACUAGCCGAGCGCCUACGCUAUUCCAUUCACAACUGCCCCUCCAUAGACAUGGACAACUACAUGCUGUCACGCAACACCGACCCCGCAGACGGCUCCGACACAGAGUACUAACACGGCCCUCGCAAAAACAGACUCUAUAAUGCCACAAAGCACAAAAUAACCCUCAUAAAUGCCUCUGGUUGCACUUCUUCCACAUACAUGCAAUACAGUUCUCAGUCGCAAAGCCUCACGUACGUACUCUCUGUGGUACCCAGAAUGCACUGCAGACACCAGUUCUUCCACAAAGUCAAAGGGAGAAUAUUUAAGCAAUUAAAUUCUGUAUUUAGUGCUUUUUGUAUCAUCUUCAUGUCUCUGAAUAUUGCAGGAAAGAUUCUAAAACUAAAAAAAAUCCUUACAAUACCAUUACAAGCGCCGUUCCUGUAAUGGUCGCAAGGUUUCUUCUCUUGGCGUUAGCCACAGAAACUGGGGUCAGUUCGUAGGAGAGCAUUUGGCAGCUAGCUUCCUCUCCCAGUUUAUGCCAAAGGCUAUUAAACUACUGUACUGUACUGUACACGAUACCUUCUGACUCAGUGGAAAAAACAAAAAACAUACUGUGAGUCUGAGAGAUAAGUCCCAGAGCAUUCGUUGUUUGGGCGUUUAUAUCAAGCUAGCUUGUGUAUUUAAUGAAUGUAUACUUGCAAAUGCCAUGCACGUGUGCACUCCAAUCUUUUAUUUGCCAAAUACUGUACUGAUGCUGUACAUUACAUAGGGUUUAAUGAAUUUUAGCCUAUUUUUUUUUUUUUUUUUGCAACUGUGAAACGUAAUCGUCUGUGCAUUCUCACGGAGCGAGAGUGCAGGUUUGUUACACGAUGCUGAUUGGUCAUCAGUGUUAUUAUGUGCUUCGGGCUUGUAUGCCUCAGUGCUGGAUGUAAAACAUGUUUUGACUGUUUUUACUGUUGUGUUUGAUAGAGGAGAGUCGCUCUUUACUCUCCAACCUUCUGUAUGCGGUGGUUUACAGUAUUGGUAAAUUAUUAUUAUUUGUUUUUCCUAAAAUAAAUAUCUGAGUGAGCUUUAUGUGUUGGAAAGACGACUAAUGAAGACACAUUGCGCUGUUUGACACUUAAGACCUGUAUGCAUUGCGCUUUAGGAAAAUCGUAUUCACUAUAAUAUUUACAGAUUUCAGAUUAAUUUAUCUAGAGAUUCUCCUAACCCGAGUCACUACUGAUAUACAAUCACUACUGUAAACCUCUUGGCUGAUUUUUUUUAUGGAAGUAUCCAGAACUAACUUUAACAUGAAAGAUUACUUUGUUAGGCUAUGAUGUGGUAUUUGGUGAUGCUCAAAUUUCAGAUUAAGCCAUAAAAAAAGAACGAUUCAAGAGGUCUCCUUAAACUGUAUGACAUCUCAUGGCGAUGGCCUCUCAGAUGCAAGAUGCACUGUACUGUAAAUUAAAUUUUGUGUACAGAC